GGGUGCAGAACCGUUUCAGACAUGCUGAGGGGGACCCUGCUGCUGUGCGCGGUGCUCGGGCUCCUGCGCGCCCAGCCCUUCCCCUGCCCGCAAGGCUGCAAGUGUUUCUUCCGGGACUCGGUGCAAUGCUCUGGGGGCGACGUGGCGCGCAUCUCGGCGCUGGGCCUGCCCACCAACCUCACGCACGUCCUGCUCUUCCGAAUGGGCCGCGGCGCCUUGCAGAACCACAGCUUCAGCGGCAUGACCGUCCUGCAGCGCUUGAUGCUGUCGGACAGCCACAUUUCCGCCAUUGCCCCCGGCACCUUCGAUGACCUGAUAAAACUAAAAACCCUCAGGUUGUCGCGCAACAAAAUCACUCAUCUUCCAGGUGCGCUACUCGAUAAGAUGGUGCUCCUGGAGCAGUUGUUUUUGGACCACAACUCACUAAAGAGCAUUGACCAAAACAUGUUUCAGAAACUGGUUAACUUGCAGGAACUCUUUUUGAACCAGAAUCAACUCAAUUUCCUUCCUUCUCGUCUCUUCACAAAUCUGGGGAACCUGAAAGUGUUGGAUUUAUCGGGAAACAACUUGACCCACCUGCCCAAGGGAUUGCUUGGGACACAGGCUAAGCUUGAGAGACUUCUGCUGCACUCGAACCAGCUAGUGUCUCUGGAUUCGGGGCAGCUGAGCAGCCUGGGCGCCCUGGUGGAGCUGCAGCUCCACAGAAAUCACAUCCGUUCCAUCGCACCCGGAGCCGUCGACCAGCUCCGAGGCCUGAGUUCUUUGACUCUUUCCAGAAACCACCUCGAGUUUCUGCCCUCUGGGCUCUUUCUUCAUUCGCACAAUUUGACUCUGUUGACUCUGUUCGAGAACCCGCUGGAAGAGCUCCCGGGGGUGCUUUUCGGGGAGAUGGCCGGCCUGCACGAGCUGUGGCUGAACGGCACCCGGCUGCGCACCCUGCCCGCCGCCACCUUCCGCAACCUGAGCCGCCUGCGCACGCUGGGGGUGACUCGGAGCCCGCGGCUGAGCGCGCUGCCCCCGGGCGCCUUCCAGGGCCUGGCGGAGCUCCGGGUGCUCGCCCUGCACUCCAACGGCCUGACCGCCCUCCCCGACGGCUUGCUGCGCGGCCUCGGCGGGCUGCGCCAGGUGUCGCUGCGCCACAACAGGCUGCGAGCCCUGCCGCGCGCGCUCUUCUCCAAUCUCAGCAGCCUGGAGAAGGUCCAGCUCGACCACAACCAGCUGGAGUCCCUGCCUGGCGACGUGUUUGGGGGUCUGCCUCGGCUGACCGAGGUCCUGCUGGGGCACAAUCCCUGGCGCUGCGACUGUGGCCUGCGGCCAUUCCUGGGGUGGCUGCGGCAGCACCUAGACCUCGUGGGCCGGGCCGAGCCCCCGCGCUGUGACGGCCCAGGACAGCGCGCCGGCCUGCCGCUCUGGGCCCUGCCGGGGGGCGACCCCGAAUGCUCGGGCACGCGGGGCCCCUCUCCGCACACCCCCGCGCGCGACUCCUCGGCAGCCCCCGGCCACGCUGCCCCGCUGCCGGUGCCGAACAGCCCAGAGCCCGGGGCGUGGGCGCACCUGGUGGCCACAGACAAACGUCAAGACCAUAGCCUGUUCUGGUGUCUUUAUUUUCUGCUUUUAGCCGCUCAGGCCAUAAUAACCGGGAUCAUUGUGUUUGCUAUGUUUAAAAUCGGCCGGCUCUUUCGAAAAUUAAUCAGAGAGAGCUCUUGUUUGAGUCAAUGGGAAAACCUUGUAAUUAAUUAAAACGUGACCAGAGUAUCGUCAGAUGUGGCUCCGAGGAAACCAGACAGGCUGCUGCUGUUUUCCUCUUCCUCUUCUCCCCUCCCUUUCUUCCUCCUCUUCUUUCCCACGGCCACCUCUUCUCCUUUCUCCCUCCUCCCCCCUCGCUCUGCUCAGAGUGACCUUUACAUUUGUAAAUGGCGAUUGCUGGCCUGUCUCUGUGCCCCUCUAUCGUGCACUCCCGGAGGACCGCAGAUUGUGUGUGACCCAUCCGUACCCCACCGUGCCUGGCUCGGGGUCUGGUGGAGAGAGGGCUUCAGUGUUUACAGAGCAGGGUACAACCCCAGGCCGGGCCUGACUCCCUCGCUGAGUGUCUGGUAGCAGCGUGUGAAAUGAAUGAAUGGAUAAAAUAAACACACGUGUCCAAGUGAGGAUGGCUUUUCCGGGGGUGGGGGUGGGGUUGAUUGUUCUCUAUAUCUACUUUUAUUUGAAAAGUAGAACUCUUUCCCAUUUUUGCCCUUGCCCUGCUUUCUUCCCUUCACGUAUCCCUGACCUGUGGGCUAUUUGGGAGCUCGGGACUCCAUUCAUUCGAGAGUAUUUCCGGGGUGGCCCCUGCUGUGAUAGGCUGAGACACAAACAGAACACUGAGCCUUCCCUCCAAGCUCAGUUGUGCCCACAUGCUCUGGGAGCCUCCCAUGAGUUUCCACUUGCUUUACAUCAGUGAACCAUGUCAUUUGGAAACUGAGUUGUUUUUCAUUUCCUGGAACUAAAUGCCACCUCACUUUGCAAACAUUUACAGAGCACUUAACAUGUGACAGGUGUUCAUGAAUGUAAUGAUAAGCUUGGUUCGAGUUUAGCUCAUAACACUCCACAUUUAUUCUUCCAGUUGAAAGCACUAAAACCUUUGUUGCUGUAACUGGAUGUCUGUGCUUGUGAGAGGCAGUGGCUAAAAUAUGGGCUGGAGAGUUGACAACUGUGGGUUCAAUCCCAGCUUCACCACUUGCUAACUGCAUGGGACUGUGGGCAAGACACCUACAUAUAUUCUCUAAGCCUUGGUUUCCUCACUCUGAAAAGGGAUAAAAUAGUACCUGCUUCAUAGAGUUGUUGAAGGAAAUAUAGACAAUAAAGCAAAUGACUUAGCCCCAUGUCCUGUAUAUAGUAUAUGCUUAAUAAAUGUUAGGUAUUAAUAUUAUUCUUAAAGGA